CGAUGCUUUUGCUCUGGACGAUCAAAACACAGUGCAUUUUUGUUUUGUUUUUGUUUUUGUUUUUCUUGGUAUUCUCUCUGUCCUGCGAUCAAUAGACAAAAUUGGCCUUGCGAUGAAAUCUCAACGGGGUCUUUAGUCUACUUACAGCUUCAAAAUUUUGGCACAGGCGCUCAUUCAGCUGGUUCUGAUCUAACCAGGCCUCAUUCAUCACUAACCCAAGUUGAGAUGUCCUAACACAUUUUGACCAUCAAGUCUCUAUUUACUUUGUUUACUUCAAGCCCGGCUCAAAGUUAGGCUCAACCCGUGCCCAAAAUCUACUUUCUGCCAUCACAAGAAACACCAUCAUGGCAGGUCUCGUCGGUAUCUUCCUCCUUAUAUGUGGAGUUUUGACUUCACUUAUAUCAAUCACGCCGGUCAACCAGUCCCCACGUUGUGUCAUGUAUCUCACCGGCCAGCACAAUGUAGUGCCUGACAUCAGCGAGCUCAGACAUGUCACACAUGUGGCUCUGGCAUUCAUGCAAUCUCCAAUCUUCAACGAAGAUAGUCGCAAGGAAUGGCCACUGUUCACCAGCGUGGAGACGGUUCGUCGCCAAUUCCUUCCAGGCACCAAGGUAAUGAUUGCCAUUGGCGGUUGGGGAGAUGUCGCCGGCUUCGAGACGGCAGCCGCCAGCGCCGAGUCCCGCAAGCGCUUCGCGGCAAAUGUCGCCCGCAUGGUGGAGGCCACCGGAGCAGAUGGAAUCGACCUAGAUUGGGAGUACCCGGGCGGGAACGGGGAAGACUACAAGAAGGUUCCAAACAAACAGCGUGAAUGGGAGAUUGAAGCCUAUCCACUACUUGUUGCGGAGGUCAGAUCAGCCAUUGGGCCCGACAAGGUCCUUUCCGCAGCCGUUCCCGGGCUGGAGCGGGACUUGAUCGCCUUCACGCGCGAAACCGUGCCGAGGAUCCUCCGGCACCUGGACUUUUUGAACGUCAUGACGUACGAUCUGAUGAACCGGCGGGACAAUGUCACCAAGCACCACACGGGUGUGCAGCUGAGCCUGGACUCGAUCGACGCAUACAUGGCGCGUGGAGCCCGGCCGUCCCAACUCAACUUGGGGUUUGCCUUUUACGUCAAAUAUUUCCAAACCCGUCACGCAGAGUGCUCCGGUCCCGGCAAAGCUAUCGGUUGCCCUACCCUGCUGCUAGAGGACCCCGACACGGGUGGGGAUCUUGGUCGCACCGGAGGCUUUUCUUGGCACGAUACCGUUCCCAAAGAUGUCGAGGCAUCUUUCCAGAAGGCUCUGCGAAAUGGCGUUUACGACGAAAUCGGGGGUGGUUUCUACUAUUGGGACGAAGAGGAGGACCGAUGGUGGAGUUUCGAUGAUGCUGGCGCCAUCUCGCGAAAGUUUGAUUCCAUUUUUGCCGCCAGAAACCUCGGCGGCGUCUUUGCCUGGGGGCUGGGCGAGGAUGCUCCUCACUUCGAACACCUUGGUGCAGUCAACUCAAGGUUGGAUGCUAUAACGAAAUCAGGAGCAGGUCGACCCGAGACGGAACUUUGAACGAAAUGAACGGCAUGAAUACCUGACCAACAUAAUGUACUCUGACUUGGUCCGCUGAUUGAUCUGUCAAUGUUUGUUUGAGUCUAGUUGAGUGGUCGGCAUAGCCACUUCCUCACACGGCACACGCAUAUGUUACCAUCGCAUAGACACCUCUUUUUUGGCAACACAUUCAGCCUCAUCCCAACAAACUCGCUAGCAACGCCGUCACCCAGAAAGAUUUGCGCCGAUAAUACCAGAAAAAGCGCUACUGAAUUGAGAUGUCUUGCUUGCUCGGUUCACACCGACCCUGAUGAGUCGAAUAUAUACAUUCACAAGGUGUGGGGGUUUUCAAGCAGAUAUAUGAGUGGCUUGACGCUCGCAAUGAUAACAACCGUUCAGAUUCUUCAUUUUAUGCGAUUUGAUGCUUCAUUAUACUUAGGAUUGAGAGAUUAACCUGAAAGAACCAUAGACGCCAAACCUGUCUCCACCAGACCCAAGCCGAUGCUGACAACGGAGUCAAAAU